GUCCACCGGAGCUUGGCUUUAAUUUCAAACCGCCCUGCACCAGUGCUCUGGACAAUGUCCGGAUACUUGGUGCCCAAAUUGCUCCAGGUAAGUUAUUUCUGAUGAGCGAGGGGAACAGGAGGGCAUGCCUGAUUCAGUGAUUGCAUUUGUGGGAAUUAUAUCCUUGUGAGAGGAAGAGGGUCUACUGAGGUGGUGAGGUGGAUCAGCUGUGUUACACCAGGAGGCCACUUUUUGAUGGGCGAUCUAUGGGUGGCAUUGCUCGAUCUUGUUCAUUCAGCUGGCGGGGGGAGAAGUUGCAUCAAAGGCAGUGAUUGCCCUUGCCGUGAGUCUGCGCACAAAAUAACUUCUGUCUUAUUGUGAUAGAGUUGGCGCCGUUCAACAAGCAAAGACGCACAGCUGGCAGCGAAAAGGGCACGACUGGCGGGUGUCAUCAGAAAAGGUAGAUGUUAGAACAACAAAGACUGGGCGCCCAUGUUUUGAAGACAUUCAAAAGUAAGAAGCCGGUAGGAAGUGAACAAGGAGAUCAACAAUGACGUUGGUUAGUACUUUGAGUUAAAUUGGAUCGACAUCGAACCGGCUCAAUGAGAUAAAACCUUCUCCCCCCAACUUACCAGAGGGGGAUCCCCUGGACGCAAGAUGGAAUCCAGCGGAGGUCUGGCGUCGCUGGCGGACCGAGAAUCAGAAAUGAUCCAGGGGGGCUUGAGAGAGCAGCUGGUGAAGAUGUCGUUUCUAACGCCGUACCCCUGGGAAGACCCGGCGUUCCGAAAGGAGCGACGCCUGCCCAAUCUGCGGUACGGCGACCAGAUCCGCGCCCUGUGGGUGACUCGGUGGGACUUCUACGAGAAAGAAGACAUCGCUGACAUCAUGCGCACCACCGCAGAUGCGGGCUUCAACACCGUCUUCUUCCAGGUGCGGGGUAACGGCACGGUCCUCUUCUCGAGCCGCCUCGAGCCAUGGUCGGAGGCGUAUCAUUACCGCCACCCUGGGUUCGACCCGUUGCAGGAAGCGAUUCGAGAGGCGCACAGCCGUAACAUGGCGCUACACGCCUGGAUCAACGUGAUGCCCAUGUGGGCCGGGCUGCGCCCCCCUUCACACCCGGACCAACUCUGGAACAAGCACCCCGAGUGGAGCUGGUUCGACCGGAACGGCGAGCGUCAGCCGUUGCAGCGGGGGUUUUACGUCAGUGCCAACCCGUGCCUCCCGGAAGUUCGCCGGCAUAUCUCGGCGGUGUGCCGCGAGGUCUUAUCCAGGUACGAGGUCGACGGCAUCCACUUGGACUACAUCCGCUUCCCAAAUGAGUGGCCGGUCGAGAACGGGAGAGAAUAUCCCCGAGAUGAGCGAACGCUGGCGCUUUUCCACGCGGACACCGGUCUCGACAGCCCCGAGAGUUUUCCCGCCGUCUGGGACCAGUGGCGCUGCGACUGCGUCACGGCGCUGCUCAAAGACAUUCACCGAGGUGUGAAAAGCCUCCGGCCGGCCGCGGUACUUACCGCUGCAGUAGGGGUCCAGAAAGACGAGGCGCUCGCACGCUUUCAGGACGUGGAAACGUGGUGGAAGGAGCGGCUGAUUGACGCCGUUAUUCCGAUGAACUACACGAACUGCCAUCGCGACUUUCGGAGCAAGUUGGAGGCGGACUGGCGCGCGGAGUGGCGCGCGCUGUCGACAUUUGCGAACUCGCUGUGGGACAGGAGCCUCAAGGUUCGCGAGCGGCCGCGCCCUCCUCGGCCGUUACGGCGCACCUUCAAACGACUGCGCGACAAGUGGCGCCACCGGCAAGAGGAGCAAGCAACCAAUCCCGACGAGCCACGUGGCCACCAAUGGGCGCCUCCCCCGCCGCCAGGUGUCAUCGUCGGGAUGUCCGUAGAGUAUGGCCCGACCGCCGCGCACCAAAAGCAACUCAUGCUCGCCCUUCAGCGGUUCGGGCACUUCGCUAUUUUCUGCUACUCGGCGCUGUUCGAGUCGAGCCGCGCGGGAGGCGCGAUUCAAAACGGGGCUCCCGCCAGGGCCCGGCGCCGAGCGGAGCUGGUGCCGUUUCUAAAAGUGCUCGCAGCGGCCGCGGAGUCGAAGACGGCCGUCGUGGCUGCGGUCGCGAGCGCGGCGCUUGGGGGGCGCAUCGCACGCACGCCGACGACAUCCGCGGCGGUAACGGCCGCGGUGACGGGGGCGGUAUCGGUUGGGGACGAGACGGAAGACGGCGGGCGAGGGUUGGAGGAACUGCGGCGGCGGUUGCAGGGCUUUCCGAUGCACCCGGAAGAGGCCGCCUUUCAGGGGGAGAAAGUGACGUCAGCGGAUGCGGCGGCUGUGCUCAGCACGCUAGAGGGGGGCCAAGAGGAGGGGGGCGAAGGCCUGGAGGAACCGGUUAGCGGGGUGGUUAGCACGCGGUUGACGGUUGGUGGACGGUCGGUUAAGGGGCCUAACGGCGAAAUCGUGACGUUUCGAAGACGGACGUUUAUCAGGGGGGUGAAGGCGAGAGAUGAGAGGAAGAAGCAAUUACGGGAGGCGUUUGGCAGGGCGACGAGUAAAGCGAGGGGUAGGGCGACGGGUCGCCCGAGCGGGCAGCGGCGCUCGGGCGUUAGCGAAGUGGACGGAUUGGACGUCCGAUUGGGGGGGGAACGAGAUCAAAUUGUGACACGUGUCGAGCUAGCGGGACUUGCUACCGGCAAUUUGAACGGCAUGCUCUUGUCACCGGAAUUUGACGAUGGUGAGUUGGUCGAAUCGCCACUCCUAGAUCCCCAGGCAGAAUCUGGGGCGACUUCAGGUGUUAAUGUGGGCCCGGUAGAUACUUACUUAGUUGCGGAAAGGGACGCCGAGCUGGUCGAGAGUGUGAAUGCGCCCCCCGAGACGCGGGAAGAUAUGCAGUGGGAAGCCGCAAAGCUCAAGGCAGUCACUACUUUCGACGACGCAACGGCAAACGGGGAUAAAAGCUUAGCAGAUCGAAUCGAAGACGAGUCUGUGGAUGUCCACAUAGACAGAACGGGAGAUCAAAUCGAAGGGGAGGGCCGCACCGUAUUGGACAGCGGUGCACCGUUCGGUCAUUUAUCAAGCAUGCUUUUAGAAGGUGGCUUUGCGCGUUCUUUAGAAGGUUUCAGAUUAAGAGCUAUUACGCAGGUCCGACGGCUUCGUCAAAUUUGAGGUGAUCUUGGCUAACAAUUCCAUGUCGUAGAUACAGAAGACUUGGAGGAACGACAAAACUUCCUUCGAGGCUCUAGUCUUAGAAUGGACAAUCAGGCAUCGUUUGAAGGGCCGAGAUAAAGGGCCGAAGACGAAUUUGGACUUAGCAUAACCCGAGUAUAUCGGCGAUCCAAUUAAUCAGAUGGUUUAGUCAGGGAGAUUUCGGCUUGCUUGGAGUCCU